GAACAAGCUACACUUCAGUGUCUCAUUCUCGACUGCCGGGACCAGAGCGUACAACGAGAUACGUGCUGAUAUCAAAGCUCAAAGCGAACUGGCAUGGUUAAGAUGGGGGACCCGCGAUACUACGAAGCAUGGAAGAAGGGAUCGUCUGACGCUGGCGCUGCAUCUGGCAGUAGAGAGUCCGAGUCCGUCGCAUCUCUGGGUGGCGGUUUGAUGAAUCUCUCAGGAGCAGAAGCCAGCAAGCUUGACAGUCAAGUAAAGAAGGGAGAUGUGCGCUCGUACAAUAUUCGCCUCGAUGCUCCUGGCGGAUACAGCCUGGCACCUGAUCAACUCUCGCCGCACAAUAUGCAGAAGCGGCUAUUCCUCCCGAACCGCGAUCUUUCCCAAGAGCGCGAUGACUAUGACUAUAUUGCGGAGAUUCGAGCUGUCAGAGAGCAGCGAAUGAAAGAAAGGAAGGAGGCAAAUGGCGGCGAAGACCCGAAAGAGCCACCAUUUUCAAUUGGCGUUCCGGAUGAAGAGGCUGAUCUCGAAGAUGCACGACACAUUGCCGGCUUGGUACGCUCGACACAACACCUCACCGUCGGUUCUGGAAGCGUUGAAACAGAUGCCCAGAGAUAUGCAGCAUCUAUCGACAUGUCUGUUCUUCCGGACCAUUUGAUCGAGCUGAACAAGGCGCUCGAAUCCGGCCCCUUUUCAGCCAAGAGCUAUGCGGAUAGUCUCCUGGAGCAGUGUGUUUGGGGUGGUCAACAAAGCCCUGCCGCCCAGGACCACCAUACUGCGGGCGAGUACAACGGGUGUGAUCGGGUGGAUAUCGCUUCUCUCCGCUCAAACCAGACAACACGCACGAACAUGUCGCGCAUGACUGUCACUCAACAACUAGCAUCCUCGCUCGGCCGCGGUGCAACGAAGAAUCCACUUGAGUCUGCGCUCAAAGCUGGUGUUAAACAGGGCCAGCUUGAUCCAAACAUCAUUUCUGUACGAGCUCCUCCCGGAGCUGUAAGUAACAGCGCGAAAGCGAGUACUCCUUGGGACGCGCAGAGCAGAAGCUCUCACCGUGCUUUCGACCGUCCAACCGCGGAUGAGAAAGCGAAAGGAAUUGCAGCAUUUGAUGAUGUCAGCGGUAUCGGCCGAGCGCCCACUGCCUCCGAGGUCGGCCACCCAGCCGACGUAGCGUCCAUCUUCUCUGUUGGCUCAGGCGAGGGAGACGCUAAGAGCGUUGCGCCCACGAUCGGCCGUGCGAUUACCACCGCCGCCCAGUUGCGACCAGCGGACCUGUUUACGCCCGAUCCUCGUCCAUAUAGGCCGCUUCGCUAUGUACGCAGGUCCGACCCUCGUCAAGUGCUGCUCCUUGCAGCUGGAAGCCUUCUUGAUGCACAGCAAGCAGCUAGCAUGGCGGCUGCUCAAGCCACACUUACAUCGGGCGCGACGUACCCGCCGCCUCGAGCGGACAUCGAAGCGAAGACUAAAGAACUUCUGGCAUCCUUUGGUCAGGACAGCAAGUACGGCGGUAUUGGCGUUGUGUACUGCCCAGAAGAAGAUCCUUGGCUACAGUUUUGCAAUGUGCGCAACACUGCCUCCAUCGCCUGCGGCUUAUCCUCGUCGUUCAGCACAGCGCGCGUAGAACCCAAUCUCAGCCGCCGGCUGGAGCGGCCGCCCGAGUUCAGCAAGACUACAGGCAAGCGCGCUGCGCUGCGCGCAGUCUGUGCAGCCCUAGAAUACACAGCAUGGGAAGAGGAAGGCUUCGACAAGAUCGUGAUCGCUUGCACGGAAAAGUGGAUCGUCCAGGGUAUCUCCAAUUGGAUCUGGGAGUGGCGUGCGAAUGGUUGGACACUCAACGCCGAGUCGCCUCUGGGUGGGUCUGGGGAGAUGGUACCGGACAAGGACCUGUGGCAGCUGCUAGACUUCCUUGUAAGGAAGUACGAAGAAGUCGACUGCAAUGUCCGCUUCUGGUGUCUGCCCCGUGACUCGUGUGCAGAGAUGCGACGAGCAGUCACUCUUGCGCGCGAAGGCGCUGUCAAACUGACGCAGCAGCCAGCGUUGGUGCGAUGGAAGAAGAAAAAGGAAGGGACUGGCAUACUGGGCUUUUGAGCCCAAUUUGUCCAUGCUACAUGGUGUUAUGAUACAUACAUUCGACGGUAUAAGUUCUCUUUUGCAUUUGCUUUGCUUUGCUGCCUGCAUGGCGUUGCUAAAUUCAAGGACGAAUUGCUGUUACGCGGGGUGCUUUCGUUGGAGUGACGCUAGGAAAGGGGAUCUUGGAGUCAGAAGGGAUACGCGUCGAUGAGGUGUGCUUGUGAGAUAUGCGGGAUCCAGGUUUCGGGGUGGGCGUUCGGAUGACACUGCGGUUCAUGACGAUUGUUGGCGAGCUAGACCUAUCGGGGGUGGGGGAUCGCAUCGAAUCAGAUGCAACGCGUCGGGAAGGAGUAGCAGAGGUGGGUGUGAGUAGCAUAGAAGUGGAGGUUGGCAUGUCGCUCGCUGUAUCGAUAGCAGCGUCUCUAGAUGAGGAGGAGACGG